AUGGGAAUCAACAAUCCCAAUGUCCGUAGGGCAUCAGACCCCCCGCCGAUCUUUGCUGUGGGCCGAACAAGAUCUGCCAUUCUAGCGGCCAAGCUCAGAUUGCUCAAGAGCGCGUGCGGUGUCUACACCCUCUUCACCUUGAAGCGAUCCAAUGAUGGAGAGGCAGAACUUCAGACGGACGAUGCUAAGGAUGCUGAGCGAAGAGAAGGCGGCACCAGUGCUGUUCUUAGCAACGGUCCAUUCCCUAUUUCUAUGGAUACGGACGCCUAG